CGAAGAUUAGCUUCAUUAUCGUAAUCCAAAGCCGGCAGUAUCUGACCGCCUAGACCCCCGCCCAGAACAAUCACGAUCACAAGCACAACCCACCCACUCCCCAUCUGCAUAACCUGAUACAAUCACUCAAUCGCCUCAAUAGCCCCCAAUCUCCCAAAAUGGAGUCCCAACCCUCCUCCAAAACCCUGCACAACCGCAUCAACACGAACAUUUCCCAACUCCUCCAACGCUUCGAGAACAUCAUGGCCACAGCCACGACAGAAAGCACAAGCCACACCUCCACAGCCGUCGAAACCUACCAACUCGACGUCGAGUCCACCGCUUUGGUUCGUUGCCCUGACCUCCUCACGACUGACUCGAACCCGCUGAUUGUUGAUAUGCUAUGGGAGCAGGUCCGCGCAGCAGAAGACAUCCUGGCGCUUACGCGGGUGAUGAAGGAGACGUGGCUGUUUGGGAAGCUGGACACGUUGGGGGAGGAUGAGGCGGAGGUGAAGCGGCGGGAGGAGUUGGAGCGGGAUGCGGGGGCGAUUCAGCGGGCGAUUGAAGAGGGGGGACUUCUGAAGGCUGCUAAAUAGGUUUUUUGGGAGUGGAGUAUGGUAUGGUCUGGGCGCAUUGGGAGUUUGGGUUUCGGGGUGGGAUAUUCGGCGUUACGGUUUGGGGUAUUGCGAAUCUGGUUAUUCGAACCUUGCGGAAAUAGUACUGUACUAUGCAGUGCACAUGAUCAUCUGUAUUGUCUGUGAUUGCCAAUGGU